GAAAAGUACAUUUCUGCAGUGGACAGAAAACGUGUUUACUGAGCAAACUUGUAAGAAAAUAUGUGGAAAUGUAAAUUAUGUGAGUUUUCUUGUUGCUUGAAAAUACAGUUAUUGAGACAUUACAGGCUUUACCAUGGGCAGUAUUCUACGGUUUCCCCAUUGCCUUGCCUGUAUACCAGUUGCAUGUGCACAUUUACCACUUUUAAUUCACUGAAGGUUCAUUUGUCCAGAAAUCAUUCUGCUAGAAGAGUGGUAGGUGAUGACGGUCAUGAUUUGAUGUUUGACCGGGCAUUUCAUUGCCCUGUUUGUGAAUUUAAGCAGCCAUUUGUGGAGAGGGAAAUGUACAAUCAUCUCUCCUAUUUCCAUCCCAUUACAGGAUUUCCACCCGACAUCCUCCAUGACUUGUUUGAAGGAGUGGUCCCUGUGGAGCUGGCACACUGUUUGAAAGGCUUCCCCAACACAGUGUUAAUGGCAACUGAUGUCCUUAAACUAAGAGUCAUCCUCGAUGACGUCAAUGCAGAGAGGCUUAUUCUGCCCUCUCGUCCUGAAACUGUACAAGCCCUCAUUUCUGAAAUGAAAGAUAAGUUAAAUCUGACCUUUGACUUUCGCCUUCAAUUUGAAGACCCCGAGUUUAAUAAUGCUCUCAACAAUUUAGUCAACAUGGAAGACCUACCAGCUAAAGCAACCAUCAAGAUAGUUAGAGUUAUUGAGUCAGAUCUCAGUUCCACAAGCACAGAUGACACUGUGUUAUUGUCAGACAACACCGACUCACCAGAGCGACUAUGCCGAUGGCCAGCCAUCUUUACUGUUCCAACAUUCUCAUACGAGGUGGAGUAUAUGCUAAGAGAGAGAAACUCUGCCCUGGGAGAUGGAAAAACUGUCAGGUUGACCAGGGAUCAAAAGCAUAACAUACUAGAUGUCAUGGCUGCUGAAAUAUAUAAGCACAAAGCAUAUCCGAGUACCAAACAGAUUGGCUUGGCCGCAGAGGCUCUGGUGAGCAAACACCCUUGUCUAAAAGAAAAUGGAUCCACAAAAGGAUACGAGGGCUGGCUGAACAGUUUGCGCUUCAAGAUGGGCAACUACAGGACCAAAUUGAGCAAGUCUGGCAUAAGGGAUGUGGCUGUAAAUGCCGGAAAGCGUAGCAGGACCAAUCCAGAGGGUGCGGCAUCCAGGGCCAGCAUCAAAAGACCCAGAAGAGGGGAAAUUAAUUUCCUUCCAAACUAUCCUCAUGGAGAAAGGAAGCAGACACUCGAGACGCAGAGGCUUGCAAUGGUCGAGCAGUUCAAGAGGACAUCAAUGGAAAGAGACAUGGUAUCCAUCCAUCAACAUAUGCAACGUAUGUUUGCACUCAGACGUGAAGAAAUUGUGAAUUUAGCUCCUCCAGUUGUUGAACUGAAGGACAGAUGGCCUGCACUCUUCUGUGAAGCCCAGGAGCCUCAAACCCACAGGUGAACAAACCAGGAUGCCAUGGAUGGGGGACCAACGCGAACGACGGGAGAGGUCACAACCCAGAAAAAACGAGGACUUGGGUGCCGUCGGGCCCUAAAAGAGCCUGACAUAUGAGUAAAGUUUGUUUGUGAUCAUCAUCUUGCCUUUUUAGAAUUGCAAUAAAGUUUUCAAUCGACAACA